UGUGGUGCUUGGUAUUCCAUGCAGAAGCCUCCCACGCCCCUGUCCGCCCACGCCAGGAUUUGCGUCACGCAGGCGCGUGGGAGUGAGCACUGUAGCAACCGCGGAAUAUCCCAAUUGCAAUAGCCGAGGAGGAGGAGGGUAGCAAGCAGGCAGCUCACAUUCAUCUAGUCUAGAGACGUUCAACACAAUCUUAUUUCUAUUCAAGGAGGCGAAGGAGGGAAGGUAAACGUUGUCAAAGAACGCGAGGACUUUUUAGGCCAGAGAGCGCGCUUAUUAGGAAAUUAGAGAGCGUCUUUUGAAUCUAUCGAUUUUUGUCCAGUUUAUUCAGUUACAGUUUAUGGCAGUUCAGGCUAUACUGUAGUUGAUACAUUGAAACAACUAGAUAAAGGAAACGAACGUGGUCCAACGUUCACCAGGCAUGGCGGCGGCGUUGCCCAGAACUCUGGGGGAGCUGCAGCUCUACCGAAUCCUCCAGAGGGCCAACCUGCUGUACUACUACGAGGCCUUCAUCCAGCAGGGAGGAGAUGACGUGCAGCAGCUCUGUGAGGCCGGGGAGGAGGAGUUCCUAGAGAUUAUGGCUCUGGUGGGCAUGGCUAGCAAGCCCCUGCACGUCCGGAGGCUCCAGAAAUCCCUGCGAGACUGGGUCACCAAUCCAACGUUGUUUAAUCAGCCCCUGACAUCUGUACCGGUGUGUAGUAUACCAGUCUAUAAGUUACCCGAGGGGUCACCCACGCCAGUCGGCGCGGAGCGAGGGGGUAACAACAGCGCCCGUGGCGAGACCCAUGUCAAAGUGCCCAAAAUCAUGGCUGCGACAUGUCUGGAUCCAGGAAAGCUGGAUGUGGCCAGGGACAGAGUGUCAGGGGGGUCUCCGCUGCAGAGCGGCAGCGAGGGGCGCUUCUGGUCGGGUCACAGCAACGACAGCGAACAGAGCCUCUCUCCGUCCGACCGGGGGUCUCCGUCGUCCCCCCGCGAGGGCCUGGAGGCACUUGACGCUGCAGCUUUGCAGUCUGUCCUGGAGUGUGUGGACCGGAUGACCCCGGCCCUGGCCAAGAGCGACCCCGCGGAGGUCAAAGAGCAGCUGAAGACCAAUAAGAAACUUGCCAAGAUGAUUAGCCACAUCUUUGAUAUGAGUGAUGAUGAUCCAAGGAGAGAGGAGGAGGUCAGGAAGUAUAGCGCCAUCUACGGACGCUUUGACUCGAAGAGGAGGGACGGCAAACAACUGACGCUUCAUGAGCUGACAGUGAACGAAGCAGCAGCCCAGCUGUGUAUGAGAGACGUGGUGCUACUGACCCGUAGAGACGAGCUGUUUGGUCUGGCCAGGCAGAUCUCCAGAGAGGUCACCUACAAAUACACCUACAGGACCAGCAAGUCUCGCUGCGGCGACAGAGAUGAGCCGUCUCCUAAAAGAAUAAAAACAGAAGAGAACCUCUUUGACAUCCAGGAGGCUCUGCAGGCCAUCCACAUGAGACAGGGCAUACUGAGGGAACAGCUAGCCUGCGCCAAGUCCAAAGGAGAGGAGAUAGUUGGGAGAAACCUUCAGGUGCAGUUGGACCGUCUGUUAGCCAGACAGAUGGAGAUUCUCCAUGAUGCCGCGGUACAGGAGAGGUUACACGCUCUGGACUGGAGGAUACCUGCAGGGGCUUUGAAGUACCACAGCGAGGCUCCAGGCACCAACGGCACGUCGGUAGACAAAAGCACAGAGCACCAAGACGAGCGACCAAUGAACUUGCGGGUGGCAAGUAAGAGUGUGGCGGAGGGGGAGCUUCCCCUGGGGAAGCAGCUAGCCAAUGAGCUCAAACGUUACCAUAACAACCAUAACACAGAUGAGGCCAAAGCACCAGCAACAGAAAAUGGAUCCUCGCAUCAAGCGGCCAACCGCACUGACAGGAAGACCAUUAAAUCAGAACCAGAGGAUUCCACAUAGUGCCUCCCAUCCUUCGUCUGUUUCCCCAUCCGGUUUUAGUCUUCAGUCACUUUUUAAAGUAAGCGUCUAUCUCAGUCAAAUCAAUGGAUACUAAAGCAAGCACAGCCACAGUAGAGCCACAGUAGAGCCUUAACAAACCAACGUUGCCUCAAAAAAAACAUUUAUUUUCUUUAAUUUUGUCCUAAGGUUUUUUGCCAAAGCGUCAAGACUAGAGCAUAGAUUCAGUCACGGGGAGAACUGAACGGGGGAUGUCCUUUCACAGGAUAACUGUCAUGCUGUAUAGGUCUUUAUGUAUUUAUUGAUUGAUGUACAUGAUGUUAUUUAAGAAUGAUGGGUAGGGAUAGUAGCCUUGUACCACCAUCCUGAUCUCCUGAGCUUACAUUCUGUUUCGCUACAUGAAUUUGAAUGAAGUUAAGUGAAACAAGAGCGCAGCGGUCAGGAUGGUGGAUUAGGCUAUAUGAAAAAAAAUGGUAUUCUUUUUACCCCCAAAGCUAUUUUUGGCUUGUCGUGUUCGAUCGGUGGGUGACUGAUGUACUGUAAAGAAUACAGUAGGAUUCUGUUUUAACCAGAGGUGAAAAGAGAGAGCUAUCUGUAGAGGAGAAAUUAUAGUUUUGCUUCCUGUUAAUGUAUGUAAUGUAUGUAUUUAUGAGUGGUACUGUAAAUUAAUCUUGAGGCUGCAGAAUAUUUUGUGUAUAGAACUCCAGUUAGAGUUCAGAUCAGUGUUACGGGAUAGGUUGGCCCAGGGACGGACUGGGAACAAAGAUCAGCCCUGGCGUUUUGUUACUUUGAGGGCCCACAGUACAGUAUGUCAAUCAAAUCGAGUUUCCUUGAUAAGUCUGUCAAUCACAUGAUCCUGUACUGUAAGAACGCACAUUUGAACCUCAACACAACAUUAAUUGAGUUACCCAUUUUAUUGAGUAGGGCCCCUGGUCUGUUAUUAGGGCUGGGAAUUGCCAGGGACCUCAUGAUACGAUAUCACGAUACCUAGGUGGCGAUUCGAUAUGUAUUGUGAUUUGAUACUGUAAUUCUAUUGCAAUUCAAAGUUCCAAACACAUUGCUCACCAUGUCUGCUGCAGAGGGUCGAGAGAGCCAUGAAAAAAGGUGUUUUGAUCAGUCAUGUGAAUAAAAGUCCCAAAAGGAUGUUGGCUCACCAUUUUAAAAGAUGGAUAACAAGCUAUAUAGAAGGAAAAAUACUGGAGUUUUUGCGCAUGUACAGCUAACAAGCAUAAAAAUGGUAUUGCGUUAUUGGCCAAAAGAAUAUUGCGAUAUAUUGUCAAAAAAGAAUAUCCCGAUAUGUAACUGUACCGAUUUCUUCCCCUAUCACUAUCUGUUAUAUUGUUGCACUCCAGAAAGUUGUGUUUUAAUACAUAUGUCACUGUAGGACCGACAGGGCCAAUUCAGCCUGUAGUAUUACAAUAAUAUUUGCCUAAUCCCAAAAAGCAGGGUUUUGUCAGUGUAGUGUUGGUGUCAAUCUCUAUACAGUGUUUAUGUGUGUAGAGCAAAAACCGAAUAACUGUUGUUAGAGAAAACAAGUGAAAGUGUCUGGUAUCAUAAGAUGUUCAUGUUACACAGCCUCGUAGUCUUAGAUCCUAGCAGUGUUUCACCUGUGACCACCAAUGUAUAAUUCAAGAUGUUCAUAUGUUAGAAUUAGCUCUCAGAUGGUUGUUUAAUGUUGUGUUUCCAAAUGUGUAAAUCUGUCUUGCUCUAGAGUCUGGUCUUUUUCGGGGUCACCGCAGUCACAACAGUUUUGUAAUAACAGUCUCUCUAGCUCAAUAAGACUGCAACAAAUGCAAUACUUUUUGUAAGUGCUGUUUAAGUACUAAGUACAUACUUUCUGGGCCCACUGUCUGUUCUGUUGUUCUGUGCUAGGUGACGUCCCCUGUCUUCUGUACUGGUUUGGUUUAAUCAGUGUCAUGUAAUGUUCACAGACCAACGCAUGUCCAGCAGUGUGAUAGACAGUCAAGAUGUUGAUAGUACAUUGAUUCAUGUUCUUAUCACUGUUUAUAGUCACCGAGUUAGUCCAGGCUUGCCUACACAGUAGAUAUGCACCUGUUUUUUUUUAAACACUAAUAUAUUUUAUUUGUUAUACAGCACAUAAACAUUAUUAAACUUUAUUUUUUAUGGUG